UAUUUUAACUUUUAAAAAUAAGAAUUACAGUUAAAUAUUUAAAAAAGUUUUUAUUGUUAAAAAGGUCGGUUGGUCGGGUAAUUAUCGGCCAACUGACUUUUGAGCAAACUGAAAACUACUGACCGACUCAUUUAUACAUGGGUCGGACGAAAAAUUAUCGACCUGUCUAUAUGAAUCGGUUAAUUAUCGGUUAUCGGCCAUGAAAAAUGGAUCAAAGAUAGGUUGAUUGGCCGAUAAACCCGAUCCGUACCCAAACCUAAAUUAGGGUCUAAGUGAUGAAAUUGAAGUGUAUUAGAAUUUGACGGAUAUUUUUGUAUUGUAUAGACCAUUAGGCCUUAUAUGUCCUUUUAUGUAAACGGGUUUAUGGGUAGACUUCUUUGUUAAUAAGUAAGCCACAAUGAGUUUAUCUAUAAAUGCCCCUUCGUCUUAUUAUUAAAAGUAUUUUGGUAUGGUACGGCAUCACCAUGGUAAUUAUUUUAACCAUUAUUUUGGUUAUAACUCUCCGACCAAAAUAGUUUUAUAAAACGGUAAUGUACCGUUACCGUUUAGUUCGUAGAAACAAUUUUGUAUAUAACUGUAGAAAAACAAAAUUCACCCGUACUAAUAUGAACUCCGUAGAAUUUAUUUCGAGACUCAAUAUCUUAUGUAGAAGUAAGAUCGAAACAUCCAAAAAACAAGGAAUCAAAGGGGUGGAACUGCGACUCUUUGUUUAUAAAAAAACAAAAGAUUUGGUAUGUGAAGACGUCACGAUUAAUUGUGAAAAUAGAUUGAUAAGUCGGGUUGAACGCACGGAAUACUCCGAUACGUUUGAAAAAUUCUUAAGACACUAGAGAGAAUAAUCUUAAUAUUUUAUUCAAAAUCCGUCCAUCAAAAUAAAGAAUAUUGACAACCUAUUUAUAAAUCCUAAAAAAACUCAUUUUUUCCAAGAAAAAUGACUCUAUAUGUAGAAGAAGAACGGGCUAUACAUUAAGAUUUGUUUUUGUUUGUUUGUUGUGUGUGCGCGUAAUAUUACACCAUUGUGACAUGUAUUCUGACGUCAUUUUAGUUAUAUGAGAUUUUUGGGCGGUACCACUGCCAACCGCAACUUGAAAACUUGCACUCCAUUCAAAUUUGAGACAAUUAAUCAAUAGCUGUCCCACAUUAAUAAUAAUAUAUACUCUUCUUUUCGGUUGCCAUUUUCUAAAAGUAUGGUCUUAUUUUGACUCUUAGACCAUCAACAUUAUAUAUUUAAUAUUUAUAAAUUAAUUAAUAUGCCGUACUCUUCUUCUUUCAUCACUAUAUGUAAAUUGUAAUAAUCCAAUAACUGGAAUAUAUCUAUACACUUUACUACAAGUUAUCGUCCCUCUUCAUAUAUGUUGCUUCAAGUUUUAAAUAAUUCCCAAAGUUCCCCAAGUAAUGAAACCAAAAAAAAAAAAGAAACUCGUUUCAUUUUCAUUCUUAUUAUCAAACCAUAUAUCAUAUUCAUUCUUAUUCUCUCUCUCUCUACCUUGCAUCAAUAUUAAUAAUAAUCUCGUCCAGUUAAUUACUGGAAAGUAAAAAUUAUGCCUCUUCCUAUGCUCACCAUCCUAUUCCUGUUCAUUUCUUUGCUAUCAAUAAUAUUACCAUCCACAAGUUCUAAAACUACUUGUCUGCCCCACAACUACUCAUGUAAUCAAUUAAAUAUAAGGCAUCCCUUCUGGAUCGACGGUCUACUACAAAAUCAGUCGUCCAAUUGUCGAUCUACGGGAUUCAACGUCACCUGUCAUGAAAACAAGCCAUUGAUCAACAUCAACGGCGAUGAUUUCUUCAUUCGAGACAUAUUUUACAAAAACAAUUCGCUUUUAUUAGCUAAAUCCAACGUUUUCGAUGCUGGAAUCCAGUGCCCGACUCCUCAGCGUAACUUUACAGUGGACGGGACUCCAUUUAGUUACGGACCUGCCACAUCAGAUCUAUUCUUCUUCUACAACUGCGCUUCUCCUUACGAUAGAGAGACGUACGCCGUUGAUUGUGCCAGCAAUGCAAGCAGUCACUCUUUUGCCGUUUUUCAUGUCGAACUUCUCAAGCACUGGAACUAUUCCAUCGCUUCUUGCCGGUGGGGCCCGGUCAAUGCUCCUAUAGAGGAUGACGGUCUCGAUAAGCUUUUGAGAAUGAACUACACCACAAUUCUCAAGAAGGGAUUUGUUCUACAAUGGCAAUUAGGAACAAACAAUUGCAGAACUAACUGUAGCGGCAGUGGAUUAAAUUUGGGGCUCAAGAUUGGAAUAGGAGUAGGAGCAGCUGCAGUUGGCGCCUUUGUAAUGUUCAUAGUUUUCAUGGUGUAUCAUCGCAGGUACAAAAAACGAUAUGCGAGUUCAUCUCUAGUAGUAUCCCAUAUUGGAUCUUCUUCUUCUACUUCUUCUUCAUGUUUAACAAAAGAUCUCAAAAAAGCUGGAAUCCGUAUCUUCGAGUACAGUGAGCUAGAAGAAGCCACAGACAAUUUCAACCCCAAAAGGGAACUUGGAGAUGGCGGUUAUGGUGCCGUAUACAAAGCCAAACUCCCAGACGGGCGCGUUGUGGCUGUCAAAAGAUUAUACGAAAACCACUACAGAAGAGUCGAGCAGUUCACGAAUGAAGUCGAAAUACUCACACGCUUGAAGCAUCAAAACCUCGUUACACUUUACGGAUGCACAUCUCGCUAUUCUAGGGAGCUUCUACUUGUGUACGAAUACAUCCCUAAUGGAACAUUGGCCGAUCACCUUCACGGGCCCCGCUCAAAUCUUUCUUGGAAUAACCGUUUGAAUAUCGCAAUUGAAACCGCAAGUUCUUUGGCCUACCUUCAUGCAUCCGACGUAAUCCACAGAGACAUCAAGUCUACUAAUAUUCUAUUGGACAACAAUUUUACUGCCAAGGUUGCGGAUUUCGGUCUAUCACGUCUUUUCCCAGCUGAUGUAACUCAUGUUUCGACGGGCCCACAAGGUACUCCGGGGUACGUGGACCCGGAGUACAAUGAGUUCUAUCAGCUUACAGAAAAGAGUGAUGUUUAUAGUUUUGGAGUGGUGUUGAUGGAGCUUAUAUCAUCGAAGCCGGCAAUUGAUAUUACUAGGAAACGUCACGAAAUAAAUUUGUCGACGAUGGCUAUAAACAAGAUACAAAACAAUGAAUUGGAUGAACUUGUGGAUAAAGAAGUUGGGUUUGGUUCAUAUAAAAAGGUAACAAAAAUGAUGAUUGCUGUGGCGGAGUUGGGAUUUCAGUGCUUACAGAGUGGGAGGGAUAUGAGACCAAAUAUGGAUCAUGUUUUGAAUUGUUUAGAGGAAAUCAAGAACAAGGAUUAUAGCAUAAUAGAUGAUGAUGUAUUCAUGGAUAUUAUUAUUCCACCUCCUUAAUUAUGUUCAACACUAAUUCAAAAUGGUUGCUACUCAAUCCCUAGACUACUUACUAGCUAUUUUUCAA